AUGAAACUUCUUCUUCUACUGGUUGCUUUGGGGCUCGCAGGAGCGGCUCCCCUGGAGGACAGCAAGGAGUGCCAGCCUCACUCCAGACCGUGGCACGUCAGGCUGCAUGGUGGAGGGGCGUCCUGCAGUGGAGCGCUCAUCAACGACCUGUGGAUAGUAACCUCCUUUGAAUGUUCACCCACAUCCUACAGCACCGUAGCAUCUCUGGGGGAACAUGACGGGACUGUGGAUGAGGGCACCGAGCAGCACAUUCUUGUUGCUGAUGUGAUCCAACACGGUCCCUACCGCUCACCCUUACACAGCCUCACCCUGGUGCGUCUGGCUGAGCCCGCCCGCUUCACCGCGUCCGUCCAGCCCAUCCCUCUGGCCAGCCGCUGCCCCGAGCCUGGAGACACCUGCCACGUCAGCGGCUGGGGAUCCACCACCCCAUAUCAACAUGGACGGUCUCGUGGCCUGAAGUGUAUAACUGUUCCUGUGGUGUAUGACCAGACCUGCAUGAACACAUUCCCAGAGUACCUGUACUGGAGUCCUUAUAUGGUCUGCGCUGGUCGAUUAAACACAGAUAACUGCUUGACUGGUUCUGCCAACGUGAUGGUGUGCGAUGGCGAGCUGCAGGGCGUGCUGUGGAUGAAUCACGGCUGCUGGAACCCAGCUCACCCCACCGUCUACAGCAAACUGUGCCUGUACAACAACUGGAUCAAAAACGUGAUGAACAACUACGUGCCCACUCUGCCGACAGAGACCACUCCGGUGACGAUGACAUGA